CCCUUGACCUUUGGAGGCCAGGACUGGGUGAGGGGCUGUACAGUGAGUCUCCCUUGCCUGGGACGAGGAAUUUAGGCUGAGACAAUAGGGCCCUGUCUGUUCUGGCUUGUCCCUCAGCCCCCAACAAAUGCCAUGGAGAGAUGGAGACAGUUUUCCCCUUGGCGCCUUGGGCUGCCCCUGCCCUUCUGUGACGGCCGCUUUCUUUCCUCAGCUGAUCUGGCCUACUUGGCCAUGACCUGCUCUUGCUUUGUCUCCCGCCCUCUCUCCCUGUCCUCACGUUAUCCCACAGACUCUUAGGCUGAAGGGGGUGGGGGAGUGGUUGCUAUUUGAGCCGGAAACUUCUGAUUUGGGAUCCAUAAUGUGGGGGCCUCCGAAAGCUGCGGAGAUCCUGCCCGAGCGGCACUUGACUGCAGAGGAGGUGAGGAAGGCAGGGUGUAUUGAGCCUGAGUCUGAGGAGCUAGUGAGAGGGAGGCUGCUGUGUGGUACAGCCCCUUUGCAUCUUCUCAGCCUGGGAGGCCCACCCACCAGUGUAAGCUGCUGCUGCCGGAGCUGCUGCAGCUGCAGUCCAGGAAAACAGAUUGCUUCAGGAGGGCCUCGCCUAGGGAGCCAAGGAGAAAGGAAGAGCUCGAUAAUCGCUUGCCUGCAGCCCUCAAGUGAGAGAGCUAUGGGGCCCUGGGCUGAAACGUGCAUUUUCCUACGAGGACUCUCAUUCCUCCUGGUACUGAUAGGUGAAGGGGCCAAAGGAGGAUCUUUCAAAGAAAGUUUGGGAGUGUGCUCCAAGCAGACGCUGCUAGUUCCGCUCCGUUACAAUGAGUCCUACAGUCAACCGGUGUACAAACCCUACCUGACCCUGUGUGCUGGAAGGCGCAUAUGUAGCACCUACAGGACCACGUACCGCGUGGCCUGGCGGGAGGUGAGGCGGGACGUACAGCAGACACACGUGGUGUGCUGCCAGGGCUGGAAGAAGCCACACCCAGGAGCUCUCACCUGUGAAGCCAUUUGCUCCAAGUCUUGUCUUAAUGGAGGUGUCUGCACCGGACCAGACCAGUGCGAGUGCGCCCCAGGCUGGGGAGGGAAGCAUUGCCACGUGGAUGUUGAUGAGUGCAGGGCCAGCUUUACCCUCUGCUCUCACGGCUGUCUCAACACACUGGGCAGCUUCAAGUGCAGCUGUCCGCACCCCCUGGUGCUGGGUCCCGAUGGACGAACCUGUGCAGGGGGGCCUCCGGAGUCCUCGACAAGUGCCAGCGUCCUCAGUGUGGCCGUUAGGGAAGCAGGCAGCGAGGAGGAGGAGGAGGAGGAGGAGGAGGAGGAGGAGCGAGCCCUGAGGUGGGAGGUUGCAGAGCUCCGUGGACGUCUGGAGAGGCUGGAGCAGUGGGCCACACAGGCUGGGGCCUGGGUUCGAGCGGUGCUGCCCAUACCACCUGAAGAGCUGCGGCCUGAACAGGUGGCUGAGCUCUGGGGCCGGGGUGACAGGAUCGAGUCCCUCAGUGACCAGGUGCUGCUACUGGAGGAGAGGCUGGGUGCCUGUGAGUCUCCUGCCUCAAGUCAGCACUCACUCCUGAAGCCCUCCUGCGCUGUCCCGGUCCCCAGGCCACUUGUGUAUUGUUGGGUGACUGGUGGGGCCCUCCUUUCUGGCCAGGGAACCCCUCCAGACCUCAGCCACUUUGGCUCUUUGCUAUUAACCAGGUGCCUGUGAGGACAACAGCCUGGGCCCAAGCCUGCGUGGAUGAGGAAUGCCCGCAGCGGCUCCGCCGGCUAACCUGGGAUCAGCUGGGGUCCCUAACUUACGCAGCAGCUCUGCCGGCUAACCUGGGGUCAGGAGAUCUGGUUAUUACCCACUGAGGUGCGACAGGCCAGAGAACCCCAUGUCUCUCUUUCUCUUUAUUUUCAGUUGCUUGCUGUUAUCCAGAUAAUAAAAACCAACCACA